CGUGUGUAUAUAUGCCACCAUGAAGGAUGGAGCACCAUAGCAUACAAAACAACAGCUUCCAAUCGGCAAUCGCUCAGAGACCUAAGCCAUGGAUAAGGCCUAUAUCGCCGUCGUCUCCGUCGCCUUCCUCUUCUUGCUCCACUACCUCUUGGGCCGCGGCGGCGGCCGCCGCAAGGGCAAGGGCGCGCAGCAGCUGCUGCCGAGCCCUCCGGCCGUCCCGUUCCUCGGCCACCUCCACCUCGUCAAGACGCCGUUCCACGCGGCGCUGAUCCGCCUCGCGGCGCGCCACGGCCCGGUGUUCUCCCUGCGCAUGGGCUCCCGCCGCGCCGUGGUGGUGUCCUCGCCGGAGUGCGCCAGGGAGUGCCUCACGGAGAACGACGUGUGCUUCGCCAACCGCCCGCGCUCCCCGUCGACGGGGCUCGUGUCCUUCGACGGCGCCAUGCUCUCCAUGGCCAGUUACGGCCCGUACUGGCGCAACCUCCGCCGCGUCGCCGCCGUGCAGCUCCUCUCCGCGCACCGCGUCGCCUGCAUGACCCCCGUCAUCUCCACCGAGGUGCGCGCCAUGGUGCGGAGGAUGGACCACGCCGCCGUGGCCGCGCCCGGCGGCGCCGCGCGCGUCCAGCUGAAGCGCAGGCUGUUCGAGCUCUCCCUCAGCGUCCUCAUGGAGACCAUCGCGCGGACCAAGACGUCGCGCACCGAGGCGAACGCCGACACGGACAUGUCGCCGGAGGCCAACGAGUUCAAGCAGAUUGUUGACCAGAUCAUCCCGUACCUCGGCACGGCCAACCGGUGGGACUACCUGCCGGUGCUGCGGUGGUUCGACGUGUUCGGCGUGAGGAACAAGAUCCUGGACGCCGUGACCAGAAGGGACGCGUUCCUGAAGCGGCUCAUAGACGCCGUGCGGCAGAGGCUGGACGACGGCAGCGAGAGCGAGAAUAAGAGCAUGAUCGCCGUGCUGCUCACUUCGAAGAAAUCGGAGCCGGAGGUCUACACGGAUACCACCAUCAUGGCGCUUUGUACGAACCUAUUUGGCGCCGGAACGGAGACCACGUCGUCGACGACGGAAUGGGCCAUGUCGCUACUGCUGAACCACCCGGAGGCGCUCAAGAAGGCGCAGGCCGAGAUCGACGCGGCCGUGGGCACCUCCCGCCUGGUCACCGCGGACGACGUGUCCCGCCUCACCUACCUGCAGUGCAUCAUCAGCGAGACGCUCCGCCUGUACCCGGCGGCGCCGCUGCUGCUGCCGCACGAGUCCUCCGCCGACUGCAAGGUGGGAGGCUACGACGUGCCCCGCGGCACGAUGCUGCUCGUGAACGUGUACGCCAUCCACAGGGACCCCGCGGUGUGGGAGGACCCGGCAGAGUUCAGGCCGGAGCGGUUCGAGGGCGGCAAGGCCGAGGGCCGGCUGCUGAUGCCGUUCGGGAUGGGGCGGCGCAAGUGCCCCGGGGAGACGCUCGCGCUGCGCACGGUCGGCCUCGUGCUCGGCACGCUGAUCCAGUGCUUCGACUGGGACAGGGUUGACGGCGUCGAGGUUGACAUGACCGAGGGCGGCGGGCUAACCAUGCCCAGGGCCGUCCCGCUGGAGGCCAUGUGCAGGCCUCGUGCGGACAUGCGUCAUGUGCUCCAGGAGCUCUGAUGGGACGUCUCGCCUCUGGUACUCCGGUAUACUACGGUAAUAGUGGCCGUAGUACGCGUAGUGUGUGCUUUAUAUUGAAUAAAGUGUAACCUCGUAAUUAGGCGUAGAGUUGUUUGUAGUAUGAACAACUAGCUGUUGUUCAUGUGUAUAUGUGUUUAUGCGAUCUUGUUCUGAUUAGUGAUUACAUUGUUUAACUGAUUUUCGCGGAGUGAAUGAAAUGGAUUUUCUUUUUGUUUCCUUGAAA